CAAAUUAAAUCACACAACAAACAUUUUGUUGUUCUUAAUUUACCAAAUUCAAAACAUUUAAGGAUGACCCCUCGAGAAGAGCAAUGUUUUUCAACCGAGAUUGUGAACCGUGGGAUCGAGCUAUCGGGACCCGACGCCGGAGUCCUAACGUUCUCUGUUAAGGUUCGUCGCCGGCUGCCGGAUUUCGUGCAGUCCGUGAAACUGAAGUACGUCAAAUUGGGGUACUAUUACUUGAUAAACAACGGGUUGUGCGUUGCCGCCGUGAUGCCGCUUCUAGCGGCGGCGGUGCUCGGCCUGGAGCUGGUAUGGGACUGUAAAGGACGGCGGCCUGAUCUUUACCUUGCGGUUGUGGUUCCACUUCUGGCUCUCCUAGGUCUCUCUCUCUCACUUUUCUACAUGUCUAAGCCAACGCCUAUUUACCUUGUCGACUUUGCAUGCUCUAAACCAAAUGACAAUCUUAAGGUGACAAAGGAUGAAUUCAUAGAUAUUGCGAGAAAGACAGGAACCUUCAACGACGAGAGCCUGGACUACAUGAGGAGAUUGUUAGAGAAUUCGGGCAUCGGGGACGAGACCUACGUCCCCAAGUCCAUCGGGUACCCGGAGAAGGACCGGGCGAGUCUAAAGGUCGCCCGGGAAGAGGCAUCGGCGGUGAUGUUCGAUGCCAUAGACGAGUUGUUGGAGAAGACGAGCGUAAGGGCCAAGGAAAUAGGAGUGUUGGUGGUGAACUGCGGGGUUUUCAACCCGACGCCGUCCAUAUCCGCCAUGGUCAUUAACAGGUACAAGAUGAGGGACGACAUCCUGAGUUGGAACCUCGGCGGCAUGGGCUGCAGCGCCGGGAUCAUCGCGCUGGACUUGGCUCGGGACAUCCUCCGAGCCAACCCUCGUUCUUGCCGCUUCGCCUUGCUCGUCAGCACCGAGGUCGUCGGCUCCACGUGGUACUCCGGAAACGACCCAUCCAUGCUCAUCCCCAACUGCUUCUUCCGCACCGGCUGCUCCGCCGUCCUCCUCUCAAACCGCUGCCGCGACAGCCGCCGCUCCAAGUACCGGCUCGAACACAUCGUCCGCACCCACCAUGGCUCAAACGAUCAAGCCUUCAGGUCUAUCUACCAAGACGAAGACGGGGAAGGGAGAAAGGGGUUGAGAAUAAACAGGGAGUUGAUGCGGGUAGGGGGAGAGGCGCUGAAAGAGAACAUAACGACGUUGGGGCCGAUGGUUCUCCCCCUAACGGAGCAGUUCUUGUUCUUCAAGACACUGCUCCGGAGAGUAGUGACGGGGGAGAAAACGAGGCCGUACAUACCGAACUACGAGGGGGCGCUGACGCACCUGUGCGCGAGCGCGGCGAGCGAGCGGCUGCUGGAGGAGCUGAGGCGGAACCUGAAGCUGGGGGAGGAGAGGAUGGAGGCGUCCCGGGCGACGCUGGACCGGUUCGGGAACACGUCGAGCAGCAGCAUAUGGUACGAGGUGGCGUACUUGGAGGCGAAGGGGAGGGUGAAGGCCGGGAACCGGGUUUGGCAGCUGGCUUUUGGGUCCGGGUUCAAGUGCAAUAGCGCCGUCUGGGUGGCUUUGCGGCAGAUCACCAAACCUCACUCUCAUAACCCUUGGCUUAAUUGAUUGAUUGCCUCCACCGCUACCCGAACCUCACUAGUUAUUUAAUUAGCUUNACACUGAAAAUCACUACGGAGUAUUUAAUAAUUUUAAGAAAAAAGUACAGCUCCGAUUAAUAAUUAUUGUACGUAUUU